ACAGGAUGCGGUUCCUGGUUGUGUUGCUCUUGGUGAGUGUCGCAGGGGCGGAUAUGCUCACCCCCACCAAUUCCGUGGUCACCCCCGAUGCAGGAAGAAGCUCCAACCUGCCCUCCACGACCCCGCUACCUCAGGCAAAUACUAAGUUAGAAGUUUCUGCGUUUUCCGCCAAAGGAAGCCCUGCCAAGCCUGCGGAGUCAGAGCCGCCGCCAGCGGAAAACCCCGCCAAGUCUACGGAGCGUGAACAGCAUCCCGCGGGAGACUCCCCCAAGCCUGCGGGACCCGGGAAACCUCCCGCGGGAGACUCCCCCAAACCUGCGGGACUCGGGCAGCCCCCCGCGGGAGACUCCCCCAAACCUGCGGGACUCGGGCAGCCCCCCGCGGGAGACUCCCCCAAACCUGCGGGACUCGGGCAGCCCCCCGCGGGAGACUCCCCCAAACCUGCGGGACUCGGGCAGCCCCCCGCGGGAGACUCCCCCAAGCCGGCGGCACCCGGGCAGCCCUCCGCGGGAGACUCCCGCAAGCCGGCGGCACCCGAGCAGCCCUCCGCGGGAGACUCCCCCAAGCCGGCGGCACCCGGGCAGCCCCCCGCGGGAGACUCCCCCAAGCCGGCGGCACCCGGGCAGCCCUCCGCGGGAGACUCCCCCAAGCCUGUGGGACCCGAGCAGCCUCUUGAGAAAGAAAACUCUGCCAAGCCUGCCGGACCCGGACAACCUCCCGCUAAUCCUGAGGGGCCCGGUCAAUCUUCCACCAAAGACUCUGCCAAGCCUGCGGGGACAGGGCAGCAGUCCACAAAAGACCAGUCCAACAAGCCCAUCUCCAAACCCUCCUCUGGUAAUGCGACCCCCAAGACCGACAAGAUCCAGCUGGAUGGAGGAGAGACGUCUCCGCAUACUACGAAAACUGAAUCUGGGGAGAAACUGACAGUGGAGGUAGAAGAUAAGUCUGCAGAGCCUACUGAGGAUGUAGAACCAAAGGAGGAUGAAGAAGGUGAUACAGAGCUUGAAGAAGGCUCGCUGCCCAAAGAAGAGAAAGAAAAGGUGUCUGGCCCUGUCUCCAGUGAGAACCGUAAAGGGACACUUUUGGAUUCUAUGAGUAGUGAGAAGGAUGACGUUUAUAAGGAUAAUUCUGGGAGUGCCAGCGCAGAGAGCAGCCAUUUCUUUGCAUAUCUGGUGACCGCAGCCAUUCUUGUGGCUGUCCUCUAUAUUGCCUAUCAUAACAAGCGGAAGAUUAUUGCUUUUGCCCUAGAAGGAAAAAGAUCCAAAGUCACCCGGAGGCCAAAGGCCAGUGACUACCAACGUCUGAACCUAAAGCUUUGACUUUUUUUUGCCUUCGAGAACCUGUCCUCCCUGCUGAUUUGUUUCCAAAUCAAGAGAAAUGAAGAGAAAAGAACUGUGACCUCCUCUGGGGUUUGGUGGCAAGCGUGGGCUGGCGGAGGCCGGGGAUUUCUUUGGGUUUUGCACCUGCACUUUGGUGACAUUGUACUCCAGUGAUAUUGUACUUUUGUGUUCCCUCCAUCCAUUCUUUCUUCCGCUGAGUGUGAGUGGAGAGAGCCUGUAGAAACACGGCUGUGACCAAAGGGAGACCCCAGCCCUGGACAGCUACAUUGCUGACCACCCUCCCUUGUCUUUGGUUCUUUAGUAAAGUUAGCCCUUGACUAUGACAUUGCACUAUUUAUCUUUGCAGAAGUAGGGGGAAAUUCUGCAAGUAGAAGUACUUUUCUAUUAAGGCCUCUUUGGAGGGAAUGUACCCUACAAAAGAUGUUGAGAAUGGUGAAAUGCUGAUGGGCAGAGGAAUACUUUGAACAUAGAAUUCUCUUCAAAGACUUUAGCAGCAAACCAAAACAGCAGUUAAAAAGUGCUUUAUUGCCUGCAAAUCUAACCCAUGUAGCAUAAGUUCUCCAUAUUUUUCUGAUACUUUGUUUCACUUGAGAAAAAAAUGAAUCAGCUUGUGUUUGCUUGUACUAGCACAAAACUGAACCAGAGGUUUGGGGAAGUAAAGCCACUGUCUCCAUCAGAUUUUUUUAUAAAUAUGAUUAUGAUUAUUCUAACAGUGUGUUCUUUGCUACAAUUAUACUGAAUAGGAACUUCUUGAAAAAGAGCAAGUUCGUGUUUCGUGCCAUAAAACACAUCGGAGCAUUUUGGUCUACAUUUCUUUCAAAGAGCUUUUAUGAAACAGGUUCCCCACAAACUAUUUUACCUUUGUUGCCUAAAAUAGAUUUAUAUUUAGAAACUAAUUUCACUCUGCACAUUUUACCUUAAUCUGGUUAAUGGUCCUCUCUUCUAAGAUGCCAAGGGUAUGCUUAAGAAUUCUCUUUCCAUCCCAUGUCAGGGGUAGUACUCCUGGGAUAACUGAGAGUAGUGUCUUAGAUCACACAGUUGCAUGAAGUUUUAUUUCAGUCUUUUCAGUAAUGCCUGAACUAAUCUCAGGGACAUGGAGAGAUGUGGGAAGAGGGAGGUAAGAUGAAUUCUGUACUGUCCAAGAAGUCAGUCUGAAGAGACCAUCCUCAUCUUGGCAGACACACACUUUAUGGAGAUAAGGAAAGAGCAUGUACUCUUCUUGGCAUCAUUCUGCCUGCUGUGCACAAGUCUUUUAAUUUAGUGAAAGUAAUAGCAAAGUUUAUUAAGAAUAGUUUAUUAGAAUAGAAAGGCACUUUCUGAGGUGAAAGUAGGUUGUCUCUGAGAGGUAGAGAACAACCUGUGCACAAGUCUUAUAUUACUUCUAACUUGAGGAAUCUUCACAGACCCCUCCAACAUUCCCUAGGACAAGUCAUUUCUAUUUCCCCCCUCUAGUGUUUUCUGUUUGCCUGUUUACACUAGCACCUUCCCUCCAGCUUUCAUGUCCAUUCAUACCCAUUCCAUUUAUCAUUCCACUGUUCUGCUGCUCUAGUAAGUUUCUUGCUUCCAUUACCUUGUCAUUCAUUCUUAGUUGACUUUUACAAACUCACUUUGGCCCCUGUCUUUCUAUGUGUUACCAAAGGUUAUUCACUUACCAGGUUAUUCACUAAUGGCUCAUUCUCAAUGCUUAGUCUUAUACUUGAUAGAAUUGGACAUUGUUGACCACGCAUAUUGACAUUCCCCCUUUGCCUUACCCUGUGCUGGAAGGGAAGACGACCCUCAGAACCAGAUCUCCUGUCUCAAAAAUUCAUUCUUCAUCUUGCAUGCAACUCCAGUCUUUAUCUAUCUUUAUCCAGUCCUGCUAUAUGUGAAGUAGUUAUUGCUGUCACUAAGUCUGAAUUUCUGUUCAUCAAGCUGCCCUUCUCAUCAUCUGAACUCCACACUGCAAGCUUCUAUCAUUUUUCUCAUCACAAAAGUCCUGUCCAAUUAAAGUCUCCAGCUACAAUCUUUCCAUUUUCCUUACUUUCCCUUGCCCACACCCCACCCAUUUCACUUCUCUGAUUAACUUUUUAUUUGCAGGAGCCACCUUAAUUGAGUCACCAGAGCUCAGCUACUCUGAUAACUCUUAAUAGUGCCACUCACUCAUUUUGGAGCUUUUAGCAGAACAGAGCAUUCAGUAUCUGGUGUUGCUCUGGUCUCCCCAAGAAAACAAGCUCUGAGACAGCUCUUGGCAUUGUUCUAUCUGCCUAGCAUAGUGAUACUUCUUAUGGACUUCAGGAGUUGUUACUUCUUGCAGAGGUUCUCUUUUUUCAUGACAUUUGGAUGUGACUUAAAUGAGAGCUUUUCAUAACUCUUUUCUGGCUACUGAUUGCUAUGAUCUUAUUAUAUAGGUUGGCUUUGGCUUUUAAAGAGGAAAGCAGGAAGAAAGUGGACACUUAAGUAUUGUCAUGGAGCCCACCUACUCAAUCAUUUGAGCCUCUAAAAAGUGUCAUUUCUUAUGCUGAAAAAGUACAAGAGAAUUUUAGUUUUACUUUAGAAGUUGCACUAGAAGGAACUAUCUCCCACCAAAAGAACACUUAUUUUUUCAGGAUAGUUGUCAUUUUCAAAAAUACUUAAAAACAUGUUUACCUAGAGAUUGUGUGGGUGAGCAUGAGCUGGCUUGAGCUGGGGUGGAAGUGGGGUUGUGUGAAGCACAUGGAGCUGGGUUCUUUUUCUGCACCAGCUUUAGGUUAGACAGUGAUUUGUUAAGAAGAAUCUGCUUGAGUCAUGGAUGUUAAUAGAGGAACUUGUUUUCCUGCUAUGGAUUACUGUUUAUUGUUAUUGUUUAUGGUCCACCUCUGGACUCUGAAGGAAUUGAAAGUCAGUCCAUCCAGAAAGGCCAAGGCAACUUGGAAAUACCUGACAAAAGCUAUAUAUACUGAUAUG